GCCGCCAACCUGCGGCGCCAAUUUCAGGAACUUCUUCGAGACCACCAGCUACUGGAGGAAGCCUCCGGCCAACCCAGCGACAGCUACAGCCGACAGAACCGACACCGGGAACGCCGCGAGCUGCACCGGCUGUGGCGUUCCCACGCGGAGACCGAAGGACGGAAGCGCAAAGUGUUGCGGCUGCAGGACGGAGCGGACGCCUCUUCCGGCGAGGAGGAGGAAAAUGGCGGCACCCGUGGCAAAGGGGAGCGCAGCAUCGAUAUCCAGGAUGUCAAAUUCAAGCUCCGUCACAACGUGGAUGAGCUCCAGGCCGUAUCCAGCUCGACCCUCUCCUCCUCGCGGCUCGCCCUGCUCAAGCUGGUGCUGUGCAGGGGGCUUUACCCCCAGCUAGCCGUGCCCGACCAGCUCAACAGCGGCCGCAAGGAUUCCGAUCAGAUUUUUCACACCAAAAACAAGCAAGGCGUCGUGCUUCAUCCCACCUGCGUCUUCGCUACCAACCCGGAAUUGCUCCACGCCAAAGAGGGACCGGAGCGCGGCGGAACCAAAGACCCCACGGAGGGGCUGAGCCGCCGCCACCAGCUCCUCGCUUUUGUUUCGCUGCUGGAGACCAACAAACCUUACCUGGUGAACUGCGUCCGGGUACCGGCCCUACAGGCUCUCCUGCUCUUCUCCCGCUCGUUGGACACCAGCGCGGACUGCGCCCGGCUGGUUGCGGAUGGCUGGCUGGAGAUUACCGUCCCCGAUCCGGAUUCUGCCUUGCGUCUGCUCUCCGCGGCACUCCAGCUUCGUUCCGCUUGGGAAAAACUCCUCCACCAGCUGCUGGAAGGUCGGAGAGAGGAGUCGGGCUGCCGGCCGAGCUCCCGGGAUGUAUCCGUGCUCACCCGGGGGCUGCUGGAGUUCCUGCAGACGGAGGUGCCGUAUCGCCUGCGCCAGCUCACCGGCCUGGAGAAACAAAACCUCUACAUCGGUCCCCAAACCGUGGCUGCAGCUCCCCGCCUUCCGGGCCUUUUCCAGGGGACGGAGAUGAAACCGGACGAGGUGAAAGGCGGCCAGAGGGUCACCGAUUUUCUCACCUACAACUGCCUGGCCACGGACACGGAUCUCUACAGCGACUGCUUGCGGAGCUUCUGGACGUGUCCCCACUGCGAUCUCCGCAUGCCCUUCACCCCCCUGGAGCGCAUGUGCCACGAAAGCGCUUGCCGGCCCUCCGAGGAUUCCCUGGAAGAAGAAUCCGAAAACUCCUCCAAAACCUCCGCCCUUCACAGGUCCUACCGCUGCAACGUUUGCCAGCAGGAUUUCACCUUCACCCCCACGGAGAUCCUGCGUCACAAGAAGCAGCACCGGUGACCGGGACUCGCCGGGAUGCCGUCACCGGUUGGGGAUGGAGACGGUGUUCGAACACCACGAUGAUG